AUGAGGCAGAAUGAUCGGAAUGGAAUGACGGAACAGCACGCGGAAGAAAGGUCGUCGAGCGCACGCGCCGGCGUUCUCGCGGCUUUCCAGGUGCAUCCAGGUGUGGAGCAGUCUGUAGUAUAUAAUAAUUUUGAUUAAUUUAUUUUUGUGGACUUUUUGCCCGCGCAGCGUCCAUGUUGAAGAAGGCAAACUAACCUCAAAAUUGAAGCUCUGGAAUCUAUUUCGACAAACGUCUGGAAAAUUACUAGAGAUAUUAUGCAAAUUUAUGAAAUCAGUAUUUUCUAAUUGAAAUAUAUUUUGUGAAACAAACGUAUAGAUACUAAAAGGGAGUACUUGUUGAUUUUGAUAAAGAUUCAAAUGAAUAAUUUUUAUCAGUCGUUUCUACGGAUUUUUUGCCACGUGCAUUGUCCAUGUUGAAGAGGGUAAACUAACCUCAAAAUUUAGUCAAUUAGGAAUCUAUUUCGACAAACGUCUCGAAAAUUAUUAGAAAUUACACCUGUUGUGUAAAUUGAUGAAAUCCAACGACGAAUUUAAUUAGAAGACGUAUAAACGCUAAUAAAAGCUGAAGAUUCAAAUGAAUAAUUUUUAUUAAUUACUUCUAUAGAAUAGAGCUAUAUAA